AUGGCCUUUUCAGGACCUAGUCGCGCCGCUGCCUGGACGCUCUCACUUCCUGCAUCCAGUCAACCAGCCGAAUCCGCCCUUCUUCCAGACGAUGGAAGCAGAGGUAGCUCGGAGUCCAUCAUCGGAGACGACCUGCGCCAACUAGUUGACCUUCAAGAUUUCUAUGAAGGGGGGAAAUAUCGCUCCAUUGUGAAGAUUCAAUCCCGAUUCCAAGACCAAGGGCGUCCGAUAUGGAUGAUGGGUAGCGGAUGGCUUAUUCGUCCAGAUCUCCUUGUCACCGCCGGUCAUGUUGUCUAUGACUGGGGACGUAAUCUUGGUGCUGCUGAUCAGAUCAGGUGCUACAUUGGCUACAACGGCAAAGAGUCUGUCAAGUCAUCUCAGGUCCAGGUGCGGUCUGGCGCCAAAGUUGUAACUCCUGUGGAAUGGAUCGAGAAUUCGGACAAUCGUAGACGGGACGUUGCUUUUAUUCGACUUGACAGGCCUUUCACGGGGAACUUGCGACUCUUCAGCUACCUCAACACCCCAGAGAAAGGUAAUGGCACAUACCUGGGUGUCGUCGGAUAUCCAGGCGAUAAAACCUUGCAGGGUGAACAAGGAGCUCAGAUGUACGAAGAGUUUGCCAGGUGUGACUGGACCAUUGGAGAGAGCCCUCGCCGUAUGGUCGAAUACUCUAUAUCAACCUUCUCAGGACAGUCUGGCGCCCCAGUCUUACGAAAAUCUGAUGGGCAACUCAAAGCAAUUGGUACUCAUAGUUAUGGUGGCGGAGGCUUUGAAAGUAACUCAGGCACUACGAUUGGAAACGCUCACGGAAAUAAUUACAACGAUUUGAUCAGUUUGUUUGACAAGGGGACGAAUUUCGGCGGUGCUGGCAAGGUUCAAGUCGUCCAAGUUCAAACUCCAGACCAAACACCAAGCAUGAAUGAGCCUCACGGUCUCAAUAGAGGCCGCUCCGGCAUCGCGUUUGAAACCCCAAGAUUCGAUGAAGAAAGCUUCCUCGACACCCUGAAAAGUAUAGCAAAUGUGGGAAGAAAAGGCUUCCCCUUUGCUUCUGCUUUGCUCGGUCCCAUAGGUGGUCCCCUUAGUGCAGUAGUCGGAACUCUACUUGGAUCAAUCACAGAGAGCACGCUUUCUCAGAACACUGAAAGCAUAGCAAAUGGUCCCGCCGAACGUGCGAUGCUCGCUGAAGCUGCUUUGCAAGCGGUCCUUGCGUCAGACCACGAUGAGCAUGUGAUGGAGGUGAUCAACAACAUGGGUCAUAUUUGGCAAGGUGGUGCACCAAAGGCUCAGAUUCUGGCUCCUGCUAUCACACCCAUCUUGAGUCAAUGCAGCGUGGAGCUUUCAGGCCAAGUUGCUCCAGAGACCGAAGACGCCAGGGGACCACGUUUCCGUGAUCGUCGCCGUUUGGAGGCCGACAUCACAGAGAGUGCUGCGAUGAGCGACGGAGCUGCCUUUGUCCAAGGUAUACUGGGCCCAACUCGACAACUCGAGGGAGGAAAAGACGUUGCCGAAUGGCUUGGCCCCGUUCUUGUUACUGCGGUCUCUGAGUCCAAGCCUCUUACGUCCAAGUCCACCUCUACGACGCUCUCACGCAUGGAGUCUAUCGAGGCACCCACCUCUAGCGCAAACGAGGAUGCGACCAGGAUCUUGAUCAAACGUGCCGUCUUAGCGGAUGCGGCUCUUCAAGCCGUAAUGUCUUUACCCCGCGAAAGGCUAGAACGAUUCAGGCCUACCGACGGACAUGGCGACGACGCAGGCAUCUUCGAUUUCAUGAAGGAUAAAGUUCAGAUAUUUGGACCAGCCACACUUGACGUUGCAAAAAAGGCAGCUAUCAAGAUUGGACCUCGUCUCAGCAGCGGCGCCAGUUCGAAUCCUUCAGGUUCUGACACUGAAGUUCCCCGUCUUCCGCAGCGGACCAAGAAGCCGUCAUUGAUGGAUUAUCUCAACCAAAGCGCGCCCCGUUUUGAGUAA